AGGCGGGACGAGAUCCCGGAGGGGCUUGGGAUUGCGGAAGUUUUGUGCGGAGGGUCUGGAGGCCCCGGAACGUCGUGUUGCUCCGGAGCAGAUUCCUGAAGCGGGGUCGCCGCGCGGGGUCCCAGAGCCCCACCCAGCGCACCUUGGGGCCACCCCGCCUGCGACUAGACGUCGUUCCGCCUCUCCCCUCGCUCCUCCCCGAGGGAGCCGCCUCGGUCUCCGCCAUGGCAUCCACCACAUCCAACCUGCAGAAAGCAAUAGAUAUUGCAAGCAAAGCAGCCCAGGAAGACAAAGCUGGGAACUAUGAGGAAGCUCUUCAACUCUACCAGCACGCUGUACAAUAUUUCCUCCACGUAGUUAAAUAUGAAGCACAGGGUGAUAAAGCCAAGCAAAGUAUCAGAGCAAAGUGUACAGAGUAUCUUGAUAGAGCAGAAAAACUGAAAGAGUACCUGAAAAAGAAAGAGAAAAAACCGCAGAAGCCAGUAAAAGAGGGACAGCCGAGCCCAGCCGAGGACAAGGGGAAUGACAGUGAUGGGGAAGCAGAAUCUGACGAUCCUGAAAAAAAGAAACUGCAGAAUCAGCUUCAAGGUGCCAUUGUUAUAGAGCGACCAAAUGUGAAAUGGAGCGAUGUUGCUGGUCUUGAAGGAGCCAAGGAAGCUCUCAAAGAAGCUGUGAUAUUGCCUAUUAAAUUUCCUCACCUUUUUACAGGUAAGAGAACACCUUGGAGGGGAAUCCUGUUAUUUGGGCCACCUGGAACAGGAAAGUCCUAUUUAGCCAAAGCUGUAGCAACAGAAGCAAACAAUUCAACAUUUUUUUCAAUAUCUUCCUCUGACCUUGUCUCUAAGUGGCUAGGUGAAAGUGAAAAGCUAGUUAAGAAUUUAUUCCAACUUGCCAGAGAAAACAAACCUUCCAUUAUCUUUAUUGAUGAAAUUGAUUCUCUGUGUGGUUCAAGAAGUGAAAAUGAAAGUGAAGCUGCACGUAGAAUUAAGACAGAGUUUCUCGUUCAAAUGCAAGGGGUUGGUGUGGACAAUGAUGGAAUUUUGGUUCUGGGAGCUACAAAUAUACCCUGGGUUCUGGAUUCUGCCAUUAGGCGAAGAUUUGAGAAACGAAUUUAUAUUCCUUUGCCCGAGGCCCAUGCCCGAUCAGCAAUGUUUCAGCUGCACUUGGGGACCACUCAGAACAGUCUAACAGAAACAGACUUCCGAGAGCUCGGGAAGAAGACAGACGGCUAUUCCGGCGCAGACAUCAGCAUCAUAGUGCGCGACGCACUCAUGCAGCCGGUCAGGAAAGUGCAGUCGGCCACUCAUUUCAAAAAGGUUCGGGGGCCAUCACAAGCUGAUCCGAACAAGAUCAUAGAUGAUCUGUUGACGCCCUGCUCUCCUGGCGACCCUGGUGCCAUUGAAAUGACAUGGAUGGAUGUCCCUGGGGAUAAACUUUUGGAGCCAGUUGUUAGCAUGUCGGAUAUGUUACGGUCCUUGUCUAGCACAAAACCCACAGUGAAUGAACACGACUUGUUGAAAUUAAAGAAGUUUACAGAAGAUUUUGGCCAAGAAGGCUAAACCAAAGACAACAAGGAAGACAUUUACGUGUGUGUUCUUUCUUUCAUAGGUAUUUUUGGCCUUUCUUGGAUGACGUUCAGAUUAUUUUCAGUAAGACUCUUUUUCCACAGGGAAAUGCAGAUCUCACUUCUGUAUGUCUUUAAGUUUUAUAUGUACUUUUGCUCCAUUGCCUAUUGAAAUGUUCUUGUUAACAUAAAUGAUGAAAUAAUGGGUUAUAACGAAAUGAUUUCUGAACAGCAAAAAGUAGAAAUUACCCAGAAAUAAGAGGAUUAAAAUUGAUUCAGAUGUAAGUUUUAAAUUGUUAUCAGUGGUCUUUGCAAAGAGUAUUUCUCUUGUGUUUUUCACUAAAGUGAAACAGGGCUAAUUUCAUAUUUGAAAAGUACUCAAGCGUCCCCCUCAUCAAUGUAGAAUUUAUUUACUUAAAAUUUAUAGUGAUAGCAUAUUUACUCUCAGGGAUGGGCAAUAAAACGCAAAGAACAAUGUGAUUGGCUUGAGAAAUAUUGACUUGUGGUGUAGCCAAGGCUCUUAAUGAGUUCUGAUAGGUUGGCAUUUUUCUGUGUUAGAUUUAAAUCAUUUAUUUGAAAGCAGCAAGCUUUUAUAUUUAAAUAGCACCUUUCACUGUGCAAUCUCAAGAGAAAGACUUUCUAAAUUAGGCGUUGUCUUUAUCUUGAAGAAGAAAAUUGUCUAUUUCAAUGUCUUUUUGUAGCAAGAGUGACCAAAAGAGGUGGUAAGUAAAUGUGUACUUUUUAGAUAACUCUGUCAUGAAAUACUAUAAUGAGAACCUUUGCUUAACGGAAUGGCCUCCCUUUGGAUUGUGGGAAGUUGCUCGUGUGUGAUUGGGGGUGUGUGUGUAAAUAUAUAUGUAUAAUUUUUUUUUUAAUAUAGAAUACCAAGGGUCUUAUCUUUUAUCUUUUAAGUACAGGGAACAGUUUGUCUUGGCCACACUCAUGUUAUCAGUGUAAUGCCUCAUCAUGCUUUAGAAUUGAGCUGAUGUCUCUUUAAAUAAUAAAAUGCAAACUUGGUAUUAUGUUAUUUUAAUAUCUCCAAAUAAAAAAAAUCUGAGGGUGUGUGUUACACACUUUUAGCAUCAACACUAAGUUGUGCCUUGUACGUUAGCAUUGGCUAUACAUGCAAAAGAUAGAAUAAGGUAGACUCCUUUAUUACGACAAAGUUCUACCUUGCAAAAUGCUAUAAAAAUAACUGCAUUUUAAAGUGUAUUUGCACAUUUUACAUAUUAUACUACAUGGUUGCCUUUGGACUUUGUACAGUUUGUUUUGUUAUUAAAUGGAAAUCAUAGGCCUGAAAAAUACUGUUCUGUGAAGUAAAUUGAUACAACCUACUAUUGGCUAAAUUCUCUGUAUGUUUGGGGAUGUUCUAUAUAAGAGGAAAUAGCUAAAUUGGUGAGAUACACAGAAAUCAUUAUAUGAGUAUGUACAUGAAAAUUCUAUUUUUGAACAAUUUUUAUGUGAGGGUUGGGAAUUAACAAGACUACUCUGAAUUCUUCAUGGAUGACUUUUUAUAGAGUUUUUUCAGACUCAGAAUUAUACAGUAUUGCUUUUAAGUACAUCAUUGAACCAUUGAAGAAUUACCAUAAAUAUAAUUAGAGUUGAAACCCAGAAUAUUUUGUAAAUCCAGAAGUUGUUGGAGGAAGUAGUCUAUUUAAAUUGAUUGAAUAUCUGACCAAAUAGUAUGUAAUACAGUGUUGAUGAUAAGUGGGUACUCUAUAUUUUUAUGUUUUAUUUAGUUUUAAAAGUAGAUCUAUUAUCUUCUAUACUUAUUUUUUUAUGAAAUAAUUUAUUUCACAUGUACUUAAGCCAUUAGGAAUUAAGAUUUUUGGUUUUUUAAGUAGACACAUACCUUUCAUGAUAGGAUCAUUUGUAUCUGUUCUUGGAAGACUUUAAUAAGUUUCUUCUGCAAUUGGAUGGUGACAAAGUUUAGGUGUCUUGGAAUCAUUUUUCAGCAGCUGACUAUCCAACAAGGAUCUGCUGGACUUGGCUUACAGAGGAGCUCCUUGAGUCCUUUAAGCACAGUCGGUGUUGUAUAUAAAUCUAAACAGUCCUCAGUAGCUUGUCCAACUGGAGUGGGCUCAACAGUCACUUCAGAAUACUCAAUCGAAUUUCUCUUUGUGCUGCAGCACAGUCGGUACUACGUGAAGUGCACGCCUUAGUGUCUGUGCCGUAGUCCACCCUUAGGCGUCUGCUGUGUCUCCUUAGCUACCAAGCUGGUAUUUCGUCCCAAAAGUUCUUUGUAUCUAGCUAGUAUCAGGGCAACAAGUGCCCCAGAACUCAUGGCAGAGUUUAAAUUGGGGUAAAGUUGUUUCCCAUGUUGUCUUACAUAAAUGUUACUACAGUGCUCAGGGCUAAGCUAUGGUUUUCUCUGUGGCGAAUCCAGAUCUGAGAGUAGUAUCUUGCAUCGUCUCCUCUUUAUCAGCAAUAUCUGAUUUGAUGAUGGCCAGAGUUUUUCCUACAUAUAUCUGAGGUGGGGCACUGACAGAUCCACUCUGGCUUUUCAGGGUACAGUUUAAGUUUCUUGGAUUGACACUUCUCAGCACCUGCCCCUCCGCAGCCUCUAUGCCAAUAUUUUUUUUAUUGUAUUUGUUAAAGUAGGAGAAACGUGCAUACUCAUUAAAGCAAUGAAAAUCUGUUUACUGAUAGCAAUAUUUUUUUGUUCUUAAAGUUCACAAUUUAAAUUUUUCAGGGACAAAACAAUUCAAUUUGGCAAGAAUGUUUACUUCUUCUGAGCUCACUGGGUUGUACAUGUAGCUCUUCGAGGAUGUGAAGUACCAGUUAGACCCUUGGGGCCAUUUGUGUAGUUAGGACAUUGCCAUGAAUGCCGCUUGACGUCACUGCAAGUGAAGCACCGAAGGGAGCCCGCAUGGCCACAGGAGCAAGCCCCGCUUCGCGAGCUCUCACACUCCUUCCUACCUCCAUGCCUUCGUGUCCAUGCGCUUCUACUCUAACGUGUCCCUUCUUCUUUGCUCUGCUAGUCCAAAUUCCAUUAUUUCCAUUAAGACCUGGGUCAUGAACUGUGUAAUCAUUUCCAGGAAGAUUUCUGAAACUAUCCCCACCCUACUUUUUAGAUUUCUUUAGCACUAAAUGGAUACCACUGUCUUAAGAUUUUCCUCCAAGUUUCAAGCACUUUCUAUUAAUUUUGUUUACAUCAAUUAAGUUGUAAGCUCUUCAAGGAGUUACAUUUUCCCUGGCAAUUAACCUAGUGCUAGACAAGAUGAGGUACUUAAUAAAGGUGUAAAAAUUAACUAAGGGAGUUAGAUUCUCAUUUAUCUUAACUUCAUGGAUUAUCUUUGAGGCUAUAAAAUACAUCGUUUGAACUGGCUUUGUUCUUGCGGGCUAUUGAACUUGUGAUAGAUUUCAGUCUUGAGGGACUAAAAUCAGAAGUGUACUAGAGCCAACUCUUACUGGCUCACAAGAAGCCACAUACACAUCACUUCCCACCUGUGUGAUCAGCGACCUCAUAUAGGUGGCUAGAAAUCUGCUCUGGCUGGAGUAUUUACAGCACAUAAUCAGCAAGAGUAGUUAACUUAGUGCCAUGACAUACGAGAACUGUGUCUUUUAAAAUUUAAAAAUUAAUAGUACUUGCUACAUUUCAGAAAGAAGAAAAGUUAUAUUAUCUUUCUGUAAGGAUUUCAUGAAAAGCAUUUGAUAAAAUCCAGUACCCAUUUAUGAUUUAAUGGGAAAAAACUAGAAAUAGAAGGAACCUUCUUAAUUUAAUAGAAUAUAAAAAAAAAAAACCAAAACCCCACUUUUGUAAACAACAUAACUAUGGAUUUUUUUGGAAACUAUUCCCCUGCAGUCAGGAAAAAGAAAGGUGUCUGUUAUCACCACUCCUUUUCAAUUUUCUACAGGAAGGUCCAGACAGUGGAAAAGGUUUAGGGAUUAAAAGGGAAAAAAACAGGGCCUCCCUGGUACAGGGGGUUAAGCACUGCACUAUGAAGCAAUCCGCAGCCUAUGCAGCACAAGUUUGAUCCCCGGGCCGGCCAGGGAGCAACCCACAUGGCGCAGCAGACCUCUCCUGGCUCGCCCGCUGCUCCCCUCAGCAGUGUAUUUCAGUCAGUCUGUCCGUUCUGUUCCCCGCUCUGUCUUGGUGAAUCCUCUUACCCCUGCACCUCUGGCCUAUAACCCCAUAGUUCUUGUAUGCAUAAAUAAAUAAAUCUUUUUAAAAAAGUGGGGGGAGGAAACAAAUUGGUGUGCACAUACACAUUCCCUGGUGUUGUAUGUAAAAAUCCAGAUUAAUAGAAAAUUACCAGCUAAAUUUAACAAAGCUGCAGGAUACAAUUUUAAUAAAUAAAAAGUAUAUUACUGUAUUAGAAACAAUUAGAAAUUGUUAUGGAAACAAUACCAAUCACAGUAGUUUCAGAAAGCAUCAGAUAUGCCAAAAUAAGUCAGAGGCAGGACCGCCAUAUGGAAGACUGAAAUGUUUCUAAAAGAAAGCACAGACCUAAAUACCUAGAUGUGGGUCCUGCCCAUCAGCUGGAGGACCUAACUCUAGAAUGUCAACUAUAACAAGUUGAUUUCUAGAUUUAGUGCAAUCCCAUAUCCAUAGCUGUGUGGUUGAUACAAAUACAUUUAGCAAAUAAUUAUUGACAACGGAAAAACAAUCUUUCAUACUUUGAAUCCAUUUUCAUAACUGUAUUUCUCCUACCUGCAUUUCUCUGUCAGCCAUCAAUAAUCUCCAGAAAUAUCUACGUAGACAUAAAAAGAUAAAGCUAUCAAAUGGUUGUCACCUUAUGUUCAUUAUGUAAUUUGUGGGUAGUGAGACUUGAUUGUUUUUUUUUAACUCUUCACUCCUUUCAUCUCCAGGUUUAUUUUCAGAUGUCACCUUUCAGUGAGACCUUCCCUAUUUAAAAUAAUUAUCCCUUCUGAUGCUCCUGUAGCCGUUCCCUACUAUAUUUUCUUCUGCAGCAUUAUUGUAAUCUGUCUCUAUAAUUCACUAGUUUUCUUGCUGAUAAUUUUUUCCACUAACAUGUUGUGUAUUCUGUGACAGUUGAGAUUUUCUUAAUUUGUAUGUCAUUGUAUCUCCAGUAUCUAGAACAGUGCCUGGUGCCUGAUGGGUGCUUAAUAAAUAUUUGUUGAGUGAUUGAUUCUUUGUAUUCUUUCUAAGUUUGAGUACUUCACGAUGAACGUGUAAUUUUGCCCUUCCCCCCAA